AGCUAUAUCGGUGUCGCGCGUGGAGCGAUUGAGUACGGAUUUGACAGCCGCGUUUGAAAAAAGAUUAGUGAAGAAGCAAUAAAAGUGCGUUUAUGUAAUUGCGUUAAUGAGAUAAUUAAUUACUUGAUAAACAUAUUUUUGAAGGGCUGGAAUAGUUGUGUUUAAAGGGAAUAAAUCAGGUCCAAAGUGUGGUAUUAGAGAAUACUAAUUAGCGUGGACCGAUUUGUGUUUCGGUAUUACAAGUAAUAAAAGGUUAAGAUUAUUUGUAUGUAUUCGCAGUUUGCUGUUUUAAUAGGCUACAAAACAGUGCAAUGGAAUGUUAAAUCGGCAGCGAAUAUUAAGUUGUUCGUCUGGAUUUGUGAUGAUCAAUUAUUUAUUGGUCUGAAUAUUUUUUGAAUAAAUGAGACGUUUAUGUCGAGACAUUUUAAUAAGAAACAAAUGGAUUUAACACUGCAGACACGGUGAAGUUGAAUUACAUGUACACAACUACAUACAUAUAUAUAAUGCAAUAAACAUAAUGAGACAAAGUGCGUCAAUAAAGAAGUUUAAUGUCACACUUUAUGUUCGUAUCAAAAUUUAAAACAUAAAAAGUAAAAGAAAACCCAUUCAAAAUCUUUGUAAACUACCAAAGGAAAUUAAAACAACUUUGUAUGAAUUAAGAACACGUGCAAAGUUUGAGUUUCGAUCUACGGUACUUCAUAACAGAAGAACAAGCCCCAAUUUUUAACAGUAAGUUGUUCAUUUUCCGUGUAUUAUUCUUGGAAAGCUGUACAUCAAAACAAAAUCGAAUUAGUUUGACAUUACAUAACUAUUUACCAUACCAACAAAUACACGUCGUCGAAAACUUGGCGUUAUUUCAAUACUUAGGAAGGCAAACAGUUAAGGAUAAAUACAUAUAAACAGGAAUCUUUUUGUUGAGUACGAUUCCGGACAAAAAAAGUUCCCACGCAAAAAGGCGUAUUUAUUCAAAGCAGUAUUUCGGAUUAUCUCCAAUGCGUUUGCGGUUCCGCCCCGCUCGGGUCCAGACCGGAAGCUGAUGGCUGGGCGACAUGGGCGCUAGUCGACCCUCCCAGAUCCUGACGGGCCUCAUCUUCCUGCUCUUUUUCGUGUAUGGAAACUUAUUAGCCCGGUCGUCCGUGGUAGCCCUGGGUGCGAACAUAAUCUGCAACAAGAUCCCAGGGCUGGCCCCUCGACAGCGCGCCAUCUGCCGGUCGCGGCCCGUUGCCAUGGCCGUCAUCGGCGAGGGAACCAUGUCCGGGUUGGAGGAGUGCAGACACCAGUUCCGGGACAUGCGCUGGAACUGCUCUUCUGCUUCCUCGGAUAACUCACUCUUUGGAUACCAGCUUGAAAUAGCAAGCAAGGAGGCGUCGUUUUGGUCAGCCAUCAGCUCUUCCGGUGUGGCGUACGCCAUCACGCAUGCAUGCAGCGUGGGCAGCCUUGACGAGUGCGGCUGCGACAAAAGUCAGCAGGAGCAGAAGAAUUGGAAAUGGGGAGGCUGUAGCGCCGACAUCCGGUACGGCCUAAAGCUCGCCCGAAAGUUUCUUGAUGCGCGGGAGAUUGAGGAGACCGCGCGCUCGCUCAUGAACAAGCAUAACAAUAAAGCGGGUCGAAAG